AAGAGAUUAGAAAUCUCAAAAAGAAAACUAAUUACCAAUCAGAAAUAGAUUCCAUUGACAAGUUAGCUGACUGGUUAGCUGGGCCAGAAAAAGAUCAUAAGCCAAAAGAAUCAGAUCCAGUUCCUACUACAUUUGAUGAAUGGGCAGAUAAACAUUUAUGGUUGGAAAAAGAAGAUCCAGUUCGACAUAUAGAUAGAUCAAUUACAUGGUUCUCAAGAUGUAUUUCAAAAUUAGCACCCCAGAAAAAGCUAAAUAAUCAUGAAAUAGAUUGGAAAAUGGGUAGAAUGAAAAGACAAAUGCAAUUUGAUAAUAAUAAUAUACCUAUAGAUUUAAAAGAGGAAUGGGUUUUAGAAGAAAAACAUGAAUGGAAAAUAGAGUCUCAUGAAUAG